AAAAAAAAAGGGACACAGUGCUGUCGUCACUUGACCAUAGUUUGUUUGUUAGAAGAGAAGACUCACAUUUCAGUCUCGGCCAUGAAUUCAUCAUUCUCUUGGAUUUCUUUUCUUUUUCCUGCAACAUAUUGAAAAAGAGAGAAAAUGAUGAACUUCAGGAGAUUGUGUGUUUGUUCCCAUCGAUCCUCCUUCGUGGUUUUUCUGGUGUUUGGAGCAUGUUUCCUGUUUUACUACAUGGACUUAAAUGAAGUAGUGCCUGAGUGGGACCUUAAAUGGACCAAAUCAGUCAGAAAUCAUGGAUUAAAUGUUACUGCAGACAACAGGACUGAUCCUAGAUCUACAUCUGAGCCCAACACUACUGCUGAGAGUCAGAACAUGACAUCAACACAGGAGGCCGACCCCUCUACACCACAGCAGACUGCACAUCCUUCAGUGGUGGAUCAGAACCCAGCUGUUCCUGAUGUAUCUCUUAGACCAUACUUAGUGGAAUACCCCUACAAGUACAACUUCCUCAUGAAUGAGCCUCAGAGAUGUGAGCAGGAGAAGCCCUUCUUGGUCCUCAUGGUCCCUGUGGCCCCCCACAACCGGAAGCACAGAGACGUGAUCCGCAGCACCUGGGGAGGCCAGAGCUCGGUCCUGGGCAAAGAGCUGAGGCUGUUCUUCCUGCUGGGGCUCCAGACCGGAGACGGGGCCGAGCUGCUGCGAGAGCAGCUGCUGCAGGAGAGCAAAGAGCACCGAGACCUGAUCCAGAGCGACUUCCUGGACUGCUACAAGAACCUGACCAUCAAGACCAUGGUGAUGCUGGAGUGGCUGGACUCUUACUGCUCCAACGCCUCUUACGCCAUGAAGAUCGACUCAGACAUGUUUCUGAACGUCCCAAACCUCAUCAAGAUGCUCCUAAAGGCUCCAAAGACAAACUACAUGACUGGACUUGUAGCACGUGGAGGUCGAGUCCUGAGAAACCAAGACUCUAAGUGGUACAUACCUAAGGAACUUUACGCUGAAUCACAGUACCCACGUUAUGCUCUGGGUCUGGGCUACGUUUUAUCUUUAGACCUCCCAAAAAAGCUGGUGGAGGCAUCCAGACACGUUAGAGCUCUCUACAUUGAAGACGUGUAUCUGGGUUUGUGCAUGAAGCAUGCAGGGAUCCGUCCCACUGACCCUCCGAGCUGGAACUACUUCCACGUCUUUCCGAAGCCGUACAGCCGCUGUGCUUUCUCCAAGAUAGUCGCCACCACAACCAAUGAAAACAUGGACAGAAUAUGGCUUUGGAAAGACUUUAACAGACCCGGCCCGUACUGCUGAGACGUUCACGACUAGGGAUGGAUACUGACACUCUGUACAUAAAGGCACUGGUGCUGACUGUAACGGUAGUAACCAGACUGAAAAGCUACACCCAUACCCAUCCCUAUUCAAGACCUGUUGAUUGUUCCUCAAGCUCGGGUCCUGGGAGUUUGAGGGUUCUGCUGGAUCAGUAUCUUAGUCAUGACUUUCCUACUUAUCUUCACAGGACUAGCAUGGCUCUUCUCUUCUGGACUGAUGCUGUGUGUGUGUGCAUAUCUAUUUCAGCAUCUGAAAGGACACGCAGAGUGAGAGACCUCACCGGUCAACAUUUUUUUGUUUUUGUGUUUUUUAACAAGGUGUUUUAACAGAAACCUGUUCUGCAUUCUGAAGUGUCUUUUUUACAAUGGUUGCAGGCAGAUUAAAUGACAUUCAGUGUGUUUAUUAAGGGUCGAAUUUUCUGUAAUCAUUAACUCGUCUUAUGAAAAGAUAUUUGUCUGUUUUUUUUCACUUGGAUGUUAUACAUUAAUAAAGAGAGCCUCAUACAGUUGUGUAAGUUUAACACGUUUAAUGUUGAGAUGUAACUGAGUGGUGGGGAGGUUUUCAGGUUUGGGGGGCGGUGUCGACCUGAAAGUGACGACUAACGACCAGAUACUGGAGCAGAGGUGUUAGAAUAACAGUGUUGCCAGAGCUGGAGGUUUUGAAACUGUUUUUAAUUUAUUUUGUGGGUAAAAAAAAAUAAUAAUUUGGGUGUUUUUUAUUUAUUUUUCUUCAAGAUGAUUCAAGAUGAUUUUUUUGAGACAGAAGCAUCUUCUAAUCCUGCACUGUAAAAUAAAAUCUAAGAUUAAAUGUCGUCUAAUCUUU